AAAUUUUAACGGCGUUCGGCAUCGCUAGAUUUUAGUAGGGUUCCUUCCUCCGUGCAAGUAUCAUGUCUCUGAAUAACACAAGUGAUUACCAGCCUUGGGCGAAUCCCGAUUUUAUCCAAAAUAUUUUAAAAAGAUCCCUGAACGAUGAGACCAUUAAAGUACGAAGCAUCACGUCGGAAGCUGCGGUUCCACCGGGUGAAAAUUUCAUGAGCAAUGUUUUUCGAGUCAUCGUCGAGUUGACGCGCGGUCCGCCUGGACGCAAAGUAACCGAAAAUAAAUACUUUGUUUUCAAAGUUGCUUUAAAACAAGACGGUCUUCCCGAUCAUCCGGAUGUCGCCCAAAACGAAUUCAAGGCAGAAAUCGAAAUGAUGCGAAGCACUCUGGUGGAAAUGCACGAGAUUUUAAACGAAAAAGACCAUCGCCUGAGUCCAGGAGUUUUAUACACACAACUUGGAAACCCUUCAUUUUUAAUACUCGAAGAUAUGCUAGCUGCGGGAUUUCAUGUUGUCAAUCGGCAAAUUGGGCUUGACCUCAAUCAUUCGAGACUCGUUAUGAGAAAAUUAGCCAAAUUUCAUGCUAGCUCCGUAGCACUGUACGAAAAGGACCCGGAUUUCAUAAAAUUUUAUCAAACACUUGACGAAGCCAAACACGCUGACAAAAACACCGUCGAUUCGGCGGUACGGUUCGUUACAAAGGGCUUCAAAAUAUUGGCAGCCGAAAUGCUAAAGUGGCCAGAACUCGACGUUAGAUAUUCCGAAAAAAUAAUCGAAUUGUCGAAAGUACAUUGGGAAAAGCGUGCCGAAUGCCUUGAGCCCAAAGAAAAAGAAUUCAACGCGUUCAAUCAUGGCGACCCGUGGGUGAACAACUUAAUGUUCCGAUACAACGACGAAGGGGAAGUCGUUGACCAAGUUUUCCUCGAUUUUCAAAUUUCCGCUUGGAGAUCGCCGGCCGCUGAUUUACAUUAUUUUCUGACCACGAGUUUAAUGGACGACGUGUACUUACAUCAUUACAACAACCUCAUCAUUGAGUAUUUAAACACACUGACCGAAACGAUGUUACGUAUAAAAUGUAGAACAAACCCACCGACCACAGACGUUAUUCAAGUAUCGCUGAGAGACCGAGAAUUUCUGGCAAUACUUUAUUCAAUUAUAGUAUUGCCCCUCGUUUUGGAUAACAAUACAACUGCUCGUACUCUGUCCGAUCUUUUUAAUCGCAUCACAGAUGAGGCCAGAGGAAUGAUGUACAAUAACGAACAUUAUCGUCAAAUAAUAACAAGACGACUGAAAGAUUGGUUUGCUCGAGGAUUACUUGACGUUUGAAUUGUAUCCAGAAAUAUUGCAAAAGACUGAAUUUAAAUGUUUUAAAUGUGCGCACUUUUAACAAAAUUGACAAUAGAUAUUUUUAUACAGCAUGACAAAUCAUUUGUACGUUCCAAUAAUUCUCGUUCUCACUGUCCUUUGUCUACGAUACCACCAGGAACUAUCAAUCUCACGAAAAGAGAAGUCAGGAAUGAAUAUACGUAAACACUUUACGGUUGAUUUGCUAAUUCUAUAAACAGUGGGAUUCUCCGUAUAACGUUUUUUUAAACUCGCUUGAAUCCGUCAAGAACUGAGGAAAAAGGGGGAAAAAUUAUUCGUUAGGAUUCAGCAAUAUACCUUGCGAUCGUUAUUCAGAAUAGAGAUAAUUGUAGAGUGAAAAAAAAACAAACAUAUUUUUUCGACUAAUAAGGUUCGUGAUUGUAUAACGUUGAAAAACAUUCUGCGGAACUGAUAAGCCUCAAGCGAGCGCGCCAAGGCGGGACGUGUGCUAUUGGUGUUAUACAUAUAUAUCAACUACGUGUUUACAUUCGAGUUUUGUAUGCGUGACCUACCAGCAGUAUACCCGGCGAUCCGAUAUACUUCGUGUGAGUUAUGUGAUUCUCAGCUCUAAGCGUUGUCGACACAAUGAAAAAAAAAUAUAUAAGAAACGAUUUCACGUGAUUGUGUUUAUAAAGGAACAUUCAUACAACA